UAUAGACUCAUAGUGAUGAUAUAUGAUAAUAUAACUACAUCAUCAUCGUCUGGAUCUAGCCCGACGGGCCAGUUCUCAGACGACCAAAUACUUCAACUCGAUCAUAUAGUUUAUGUAACAAGUGCAUUGGGAUGCGUUGGUUCAUUAUUCAUUAUAUUAUCAUUCAGUAUAUUCAAGGAGGCGCGAUCCUUUGCCACUACACUCAUAUUCUAUCUAAGCAUAUCAGACUUGAUGUCAGCGUUGUCCUAUCUGCCAUUUGGUCGAACAUCCAAUGCACUGUGCAAUGCUCAGGGCGCCGGCCUGCUAUUCUUCCUCACGUCGUCCUACCUCUGGACAAUGUGCAUAUCGAUCUCCCUAUUCAUGGUAUUCUUCCUCAAUCGCUAUGAACUUGGCCAUCUUCUCAAAUGGUUCCAUCUUGUAUGCUGGGGCGUGCCCUCAGUCACAACAUUAAUCUCACUAAUUGCUGGUGCAUUCGGUCAGUUUGGUUCAUGGUGUUUCAUUGCUGACCCAACUAGCACGAUAAGGUUGUUCUACUACCUGCCUCUAGUAUUUGUAUUCUUUGUAAACCUCUUUGUCUUUAUAUGCAUAAGACUGAAGAUAUCACAACAUUCCAAUUCAAUUGUUUCAAGAGUUAAUAUUAUAGUAUCAUUCUAUUUGGUUGCAUUCGCAUUGUCACAGUUACCAACUGUGAUCAACAGUAUACAGACAUUCUCCGAUCCAAAGCAUCCAUUGUUCCCACUGUUUGUUUUCCAAUUGCUAUUACAACCUCUGCAAGGCUUCUUCAACUGCAUAGUAUAUGGCGUCAACGAAGGAUUUAUAAUGCACUACAUCGAGUUCUUUGAGAAACACAUCUGUCGAUGCAGAAAGUCUCGCGAAAUGAAGGAGAUCGAUGUGGACCAAGAGCGACUACUCGUCGACUAUGACAACAGCGAUGAAGAGUCCGCACCACUUGGCAUUGACAAUGAGUUGAUAAUCGAUGACUAUUCAAUU